UUCAUCCAGUGUUUGGUGCGGGAUCCGCAGCAGCAGCUCGUCACGGAAACCCGUCUUCCUCGUUCAGGGAUGUGAUGCGCGCUCGCCGUUUGUCAUCAUCAUUACCGGCGCUUGCGGAGGAGCAGACGCACGGUAGCGGAUUCUCUCCUCGGUUUCACUAGAGGAUGUACCGUGUUACCGGAGGAGCACGGCGGAGAGUCUUUCCGGGGGCCCUUCCGUGAGAAACGGAGGACGGAGCGGAUAGACACGGAUUUUGGACUCGAUGUGAGCGAAUGACACAAAGCACUGGGAGGAUCUUGCUGUAUCUCUCGUGAUGCUGAGCAUGUAAAGAUCCAGACUGAGGGGUCGCCCUCCAGGGCCAUUGUCUCUCUUCAUCUGGGAUCAUGUUCUAGAGCCGACCCUACACAGCAACCAUGAAAGGCUUAGGGGCCGACCAUAGUCGCUAUCUGUCUGACACCUGCGACCCUACUGCGGGCCCCCAGGAGCCCCUGUGUCCCUUGGCCCCGGACCCUCAUGCUACCUUCCUCCUGAGCCCCACUGUCAACCAUUACACCACUCUGGAUCCUCACCUUCAUCAUUUUCCUGUUUCCACCUCGACAACGCUUCAGUCGGACUGCCUGCUGCCCCUCAACAAUCAGCUGACCAACAGCAGCACCUUCCCUCGCCUCCACUACACCAACCAGCAGGAGCAGAGCGACUACACACAGGCUUGUGUGGUUCAGACUGGUAGUCGCUCCGGCACCCUCACGUCAUCCAUGUCCAUGGGGAUGGGUUUGGGUCUGGGACUGGGUGCUCCAGCCAUGAUCAGCAGUGGCACAGCCACCAUCUCAUCCGCGGCGGCUGCCAAAAUGAACCGGCUCCCGGCCAACCUGCUGGACCAGCUGGAGCGCCACCUACCCCUGCAGCGGGACGGCUUCAGCACACUGCAAUUCCAUCGGCGCAGCCGUGGCUCCAAGCAGCGCAGCGAGAGUCCCAGCCGCAUCCGCAACCUGGUGCAGUCCGUCCAGAAGCUGUUCGCCAAGUCCCAAUCCUUGGAGGUUUCGGCAGUCAAAGGGAGCAUCACCGCGGGCCCAGCCAGCGAUGCGGCCAAAGUGACUCGGCGAAGCAAAAGCAAAGACUGCGCCAAGACCGAAGGCACCAAACGCCGUCCGCGACCCAAUCUCUCAGGCUUCUGGAGCUCAGAUGACGGUUUAGAAGAUGAGGUGCCAGCUCAACCCAUCGCGGGCCCAUUAGCUGUGGCAUAUCGAAACCCUCUCAGCAUGAUGACACUCGGUCGGGCCGUGUCGGACAGUCAGGCGGCUCCCAGAUCGCAUCCACAGGGCUACAACACCAUCGCUGCACAUUCGCUUAAAUCCUCCAAGAGCAGUGGCGACCUCAAGCCCACGAUCAGCCUGCCGUCCUCCACGGGCCAAACAGGGGAACACAAGCUGGUUAAGAGAGGCUCGUGGUCCACACUGACCCUCAGUCAGGCCCGACAGGUGCUUCAGAAGGGCUCCACCACCGUCAACCAGACCCUGCUCAAGUCCAAGUCAUGCCACGGCCAGGAGAUGACCUGCAACUUCCUGCAGGUUCCUGCGGGUGACUGUAGCGGGAUGCUGGGUAAGGGAGGAUGUAGCACCGGCGAGAUACCGUGCAGGCGGAUGCGCAGCGGCAGUUAUGUUAAAGCCAUGGGAGACACGGAGGAUAGCGACGACUCAGACGGACCUCCUUCACCCAAACCUUCACCCAAAACAGCUGCCAGACGCCAGAGUUACCUGAAGGCCACGCAACGCUCGCUCAGUGAACAGCAGCCGCCGUCGCUGCUGCCACGCAACCGAAUGCCAUCUCUAUGCGAGGUCUCCACCAAUCGCAGCCUGGAUAACCUGGACUGUCUGAUGGGAGUGGACGAGGAGGGUUUGCUGCAUUGGGACACUGAUGGGGGAUUCGGUCAGCGCUGCUCUACACUGGGACGAGGGUCCACCAUGGGCCAGGUGGAGCAGGGCUACCGGAGCGGUGCGACGUACGGUCAGCUGGACUCUCAGGCGGUGGAGGCCUUGGAUCUGCCCAAACCCACCUGCUUCCGCUCGCGGAGCCACAGUUACCUGCGUGCCAUCCAGGCCGGAUGCUCUCAAGACGACGACACGGGCUCCGCAGACUCCGACGAGACGCCACCUAUUACCUCAUCCAUCAGCAGCUAUAACAGCACCACCAUGUCUAUGUGUAUGGCCGUCAGUAAGAAGAAUCCUCCGCCUAUUCCUCCUCGCACCACCUCCAAACCCUACAUCUCAGUGACGGUGCAGAGCAGCACUGAAUCGGCCCAGGACACGUACCUGGACAGCCAGGACCAGCGCAGCGAGGUCAACAGCCAAUCAGGACGCAGCAACUCCUCCGACAGCAUCGCCAGCUCUCGGACAGGAAGUCUGGUCAAGGCCAAGCGGCUGGCCAUCCUGCCUCCCAUCCCCACCCCGCGGGAACCCGUGCCCAUGCCCAGCGCUAGAGUGACCACACCUCCUCCUGCAGUCGCUCCGCCCUCUCCAUCCCCGGAUGCUAGAAACGAUCCUGCGAGCCUCACUGUGGCACCUGGCGAUCCACAAACCCUGCCCAAAAGAAAACUCUCGUCCAUUGGCAUUCAGGUGGAUUGUGUGCAGCCGAAUCUGAAAGAGGAGCAAACUCCCACCACCAGGUUCCAGUCCAUCGGGGUUCAGGUUGAAGACGGCAGGCCACUCAGUCGCUUCACUAGCAUGGCGUCUAGACAGGAGACGACGGAGGCCGAAUCCCAGGAGCAGUCUGACGGUAAACCUUCAGAGAGCAAGACGCUUAACCAGUCUCUGGACGGCUGCAGCUUUCACAGAGCUCCCCGCGCUUCGUCCUCGCUGCAGGAGGAGCUGGAUCCGGCGCUGGACCCGUCCUCUCUCCCUCCGCCCGACCCGUCUCUGCAGGCUGGGAGCGUGAACGGAGCCGUGGAGCAGCCCGGGGGCUCGGCGUGCCUCAGGGACGGACGCUGGUUCCAGAAGCUUCUUCAGGCCGAGACAGAGCGCAUGGAGGCCUGGUGUCUGCAGAUGGAGCAGGAGACCAAAGACAAACAGCUGUCAGAGGACGUGUCGGGGAAGGUCCGCAGUGCUGUCGGCAGCGCUCAGCUCUUAAUGUCUCAGAAGUUCCAGCAGUUUCUGGGUCUCUGUGAGCAGAACCUGGAUGCGAGCGCUCAGCCACGGCCCACAGCGCAGGAUCUGGCCGGGUUCUGGGAUCUUCUGCAGCUCUCCAUCGAGGACAUCAGCAUGAAGUUUGACGAGCUGCACCUCCUCAGGUCCAACGGCUGGAAGAUGUGCGAGACCCAGGACAAAAAGGAGAAGAAGUCGGCUCCGUCCCACACACCAAAGAAGACGGUGAAGGUCAAACCCAGCGGAGGAAAGGAGAAGAGCAGCGACUCGCUGGCCGACAGACAGCGUCAGGAGGCCAGAAAGCGACUGAUGGCGGCCAAGCGAGCCGUUUCUGAACGACAGAACUCUGCCACCGAGAGCGCCGAGAGCAUCGAGAUCUACGUCCCCGAGGCUCAGACGCGGCUCUGAUACACGAAGCAGAUGCUCGGGGUCCGUGUGGCCAACGGCCGAAAACAACGAGCAAAACAUACUAAAUAAAAAGAGCAUUUGACCGCUGCCACAGAAGAACCCCACCCACUUGACAUUGAUUUCUAUGGUACUCUUGUAAUAAUUCUAAAUGUUAUAAAAGUUAAUAAUUAUCUCAUGGA